AUAACAUGUUUUCUUCACGAAAUUGCCAUCAAAGUUUGCUUGCAUUAUCAUUUACACUCAACAACACUAAAAGGCUUAACCAAUUAUGCAACACACAUUCACAGGGACGCUAACUGAGACUUUUAUGAACCCACGCACCUUAACCAUACACCACAAAAUCUGAUCCACAAGACUUUUCCAACUCCAUUAACUACAGCCACUAAUUCUAAUUCUUACUCACAUAUAUUGCUUUCUGAAACCAACUGGGAUUGCUUUUUCUAUGUCAUUUCUUCAAUGUCUAUCCUCCCCCAUCACAAGUACCUUACAAGGUCUCCAACCCAUCUUUCCAGUUACCGUGAUCCAUGCCUCCUCCGCACGCGACUGAUAUGUUCAGCCAUGAAAACUGCCAAUUCGAAGCCGAAACCAACCCAAUUAGCUAUGGAACCUAAGCUUGUAAGUACUUCAAAUUUAGUCACACCCAUUGGCAAUCCUGUGCUCAAUGACCCUAGUCUGCAAUCAACAUGGUCUCACCGCGCAUUGGUAGCAACUGGGUGCACCACUGUUCUUAUUUCCCUAGCCAAGGCUAUAGUUGCUGCAGCCGGUUCAGAUGCAUGGCUUCAAACCAUGUUAGCAGGCUAUGUUGGCUACCUUUUCGCUGACCUUGGCUCUGGUGUUUACCACUGGGGAAUAGAUAACUAUGGUGAUGCAUCAACACCGAUUUUCGGUGCUCAAAUUGAUGCAUUUCAAGGUCAUCAUAAGUGGCCAUGGACGAUCACUAGACGUCAAUUUGCCAACAACUUACAUGCCCUAGCAAAGGUGGUAGCACUUUUUGUGUUGCCAGUAGACUUAUUCUGCAACGGCCCAGUAAUCCACGGUUUUGUUAGUGUGGGCGCUGGCUGUAUAAUGUUCAGCCAGCAGUUUCAUGCUUGGGCUCACGGCACCAAGAGCAAGCUGCCACCGCCAGUGGUGGCAUUGCAGGAUGCAGGUUUGCUAGUUUCACGCUCACAACAUUCUGCACAUCAUAGGCAACCCUAUAACAACAAUUACUGCAUAGUAAGUGGAGUUUGUAAUGAGUUUUUGGAUAACCAGAAGGUGUUCGAGGCCCUAGAAAUGGUUUUGUUUUUUCAGCUUGGGGUGAGACCUAGGUCUUGGAGUGAGCCUACUUCUGACUGGAUUGAAGAGGUUGAAACCUCUUCACAUGUUACAGCACAAUAGUUUUUCUGUUUUAAGUACAUAUAAUAGUUUUUUUUAUAAUCGCUAAACGUGGCAAUGUGUAUAGGAUUGUGAAAAGACGCAUCAUUGUUUCUCAUUUUUUUAGUCUUUCCCGUGACCAAAUUAUUUUAAUAAGAUCAUGUUGGUAAACAGCAGAUUUGAGUA